UCAAUGUCAAAGUUUUUUAAUUUUCAUUAUUAAAGUUUUAAAUUUCUCAUAUCGUAUUUUAAUAUGUUUUAAUAUAUAAUUUAAGUUAAAUAUAACCCAAGUUUGUCUUUUAUUUAUAAGACUAAGUUAUUUUAUGUUUUGAAUAAAACUAUAGGGAAAGAAUAUCAGCGCAUGCCCAUACGUGAAAUUGAGCAGGCGCAUAAGUUCAUAGGUUUUUCUGUAUUCGGUAAAGUAUACACCCAUUGAUCGUUUGAUCGGGAAAAAGUCUGAUAAUUAGUGCUAAUUGUGCCUUUAUAUUCCUAUUAGAUUAUUGAAAUUAAUCUGUGUUAAACUAUGUCUGAUCACGAAGAAACAGUCACCACUCCAGAUGACCUGGACAAGGACCACCCGGACUCCAUUUACAAACCACCUCCAGAAAAGACCAUCAAUGAACUCCUAGAGAUCGAUCAGGAGGAUGAAAGUUUGAGGAAAUACAAGGAAACCUUAUUGGGCCAAGCCCAGACUGGAACCAUUGUUGUUGAGCCAGAUAACCCAAGGAAAGUAAUUGUAAAAAAACUGGUACUGAUACCAGUGGAUCGUCCUGAAAUAUCCUUAGAUUUAACCGGAGACUUGUCCAAAUUGAAAAAGGAGACUUUUGUAAUCAAGGAGGGGGUGUCCUAUAAGAUUAGAAUUGAAUUUAUUGUCCAAAGAGAGAUCGUCCAUGGCUUGAAAUAUGUGCAAAAAACUAGUAAAAUGGGUCUGCCUGUGGAUAAAAUGACCCACAUGGUGGGUUCCUAUGCCCCGAAAACUGAGAUUCAAUCGUACACGACGCCCGCAGAGGACGCCCCGUCUGGAAUGUUGGCCAGGGGCUCGUACACAGUCAAUUCCCUCUUCACCGACGACGAUAAGAACGAGCACCUCAAGUGGGAAUGGACCUUCGAAAUCAAAAAGGACUGGAAGGACUAAACUCCUUGUUGUUCUCGUUUGAUUUUCGGUGCUUUUCUUUUUGUGGGGUAGGUGAUCAAAAGUAUUAAAAGUCAAAACAAUAUUAGUUCAUAAGUUGUAAGCAUACUUUUACCCGGUUUUUAUAUGCAGUAUACCAGUAAACUUUAAUAAUGGCAUUUUUACAUAUGGGAAAUAUUUUAAUAUGCUAUUUUUUUAACGUGCGUGUGUCUUGGCAUUGUUUUUUGAAGGUGUUGAAAGUUGUAAAGCACCAGUUUGCCUUGCAUCCCUCAGGAACAUUACUUAGGAAUCUUAGAAUUAGGGGUUUUCAGGGGAUUUGGAAGGUCUUAACCUAAAUCUCGUAGGUUAGCAGCUUCUAAUCCCCACGAACUGUAUUAAAUCUUCUUCCAUUAGGAUUUCAAUGUCUUCAAAAUGUUUUUUUUUUAAAUGUGUUAAAUGAACGCUUUUGAUACCAAAAAUAUCUAGUAUGGUCAUUUUAAUCUUCCUUUUAAGAGUUUCUUCGCUUGAAUAAUAAAUUUUGUGUUUAUAAUAAUCGUUUUUAAUAAAUAAAUUAUGUUUAUUUAAGUAAA